AUGGCUUCCAUGUUUGAACAGCCCAGAAAUGGGACUCUGUUCCUCGGCGGUCAGAAGAUUUCUGGCGCCGAUAUCAGAGACCAGAAUGUUCUGGCUACGCAAGCUAUCGCCAACGUUGUCAAGAGCUCCUUCGGUCCCAGUGGCCUCGAUAAGAUGAUGGUGGACGACAUUGGUGAUGUCACCGUGACCAACGACGGCGCCACGAUUCUCAGCCUACUCGAUGUCGAGCACCCGGCCGGCAAGAUUCUGGUUGAUCUGGCACACCAGCAGGACAGAGAGGUGGGAGACGGAACCACCUCUGUGGUCCUGAUCGCCGCCGAGCUGCUGCGACGCGGCAACGAGUUGAUGAAGAACAAAAUCCACCCAACUACCAUCAUUACCGGCUACCGACUAGCACAGAGAGAAGCCAUCAAGUACAUGAAUGACAACAUUAGCAUCCCUGUGGCGAAGCUGGGCCGCGAGUCCCUCAUUAGCAUCGCAAAGACCUCCAUGUCCAGCAAGAUCAUCGGAGCUGACUCUGAUUUCUUUGCCAACAUGGUUGUCGACGCUAUUCAGUCUGUCAAGACCUCGACGAACAAGGGUGAAGUCAAGUACCCCGUAAAGGCAGUCAACAUUCUCAAGGCGCACGGCAAGUCUGCAACCGAAUCGGUCCUGGUCAAGGGCUAUGCUCUCAACUGCACUGUUGCUUCUCAGGCCAUGCCCACCUCGAUACAAGACGCCAAGAUUGCCUUUUUGGACAUGAACCUGCAAAAGGAGCGCAUGAAGUUGGGUGUACAGAUCACGGUGGACGACCCCCAGCAACUUGAGCAGAUUCGUGCGCGAGAGUCUGGCAUGGUGCUCGAGAGAGUCGAGAUGAUCCUGAAGUCCGGUGCAAAUGUUGUCCUCACCACCAAGGGUAUCGAUGACAUGUGCUUGAAGAUGUUUGUCGAGCGUGGUGCCAUGGCUGUGAGACGGUGCAAGAAGGAGGACUUGAGACGCAUUGCAAGGGCCACUGGCGGUACUCUUUUGAGUACGCUUUCCGACCUGAACGGAGACGAGAAAUUCGAGCCCUCUUACCUGGGUCACGCAGAAGAGGUUGUACAGGAGCGCAUUUCGGACGACGAGUGUAUCCUGGUGAAGGGCACAAAGGCGCACUCCUCAGCAUCUAUCGUGCUUCGUGGACCCAACGAAUUUACCCUCGACGAGAUGGAGCGCUCCGUACACGACUCGCUUUGCGCCGUGAAGCGCACGCUUGAGAGCGGAAAGGUUGUCCCUGGUGGUGGUGCAGUUGAGACGGCUCUGCACAUUUACCUCGAGGAGUACGCCGGUACAGUCGGCUCAAGAGAGCAACUGGCCAUUGGCGAGUUUGCCCAGUCUCUCCUGGUCAUUCCCAAGACGCUCGCCGUCAACGCGGCAAAGGAUGCCAGCGAGUUGGUAGCACAACUACGAGCAAGACACGCUGUAUCGCAGCGGACACAAGAAGGCGAUGCCUCUCUGGAUGAGAAGUCCAUUGCGCGCAUGAAGGGCUACCGAAACUACGGUCUCGACCUGGCCCGGGGCAAGGUUCAAGAUGAGGUCAAGGCUGGUGUUCUGGAACCCUCAAUCAGCAAGGUCCGGCAGUUGAAGAGUGCAGUGGAAGCAACUAUUGCCAUCAUGAGAAUUGAUACCCUGAUUAAGUUGGAUCCGGAGGAAAGGCCGGAAGACGACGGCCACGGCCACUAG